GUCAUGAUGAAACAAAGUGGGAUGCGAGCUUGAUUCUUGAACGUGGGAUCUCAACCAGGUGCCACAGAAAUACAAGGGAAGGGAAGAUGCUUGAUACGACUUUGAAAAUAGGGGUGGGCGUGACGUAAUAAGCAUGUCAAGCUGGGCACUCCCCUGCCAAGCAAAGUCUCCGGCCGUCGUGAUGUGUGAUGUGUGAGGUGAUGUGAUCAUGCGCGUCAUGUCACGAUCUCACCUUAGCUUACCUGCACCUCAAACUCUCUACCCUACUAACGCACUCUUGAUCCAUUUGAAGCAGAUUACCGACAGAUUGGGUUGACAAGAUCAACAGCCUAUUGCAACUGCAUCACCAAACCUUCCAUUCAUCUGAUCCAAGCAUCUCUCUUAUCGUCGAGGAAACCUCACAUUAUGAAGUCAAUCGGCAUCUUCCCCGCUUCAGGAGGCCUAGGCGGCAGCACCUACGAUUACCUCUUGAAGCUUCUCCCCAGCGAUCACAUCAUCCUCAUCAACCGUCACCCGGAUCGCGUACCCCAAGAACACAUCAAGAAUGGCGUCCGGGCGCGCAAGGCAUCAUACGAGUCGAGCCCCUCCGAUCUCGAGGCCGUGUUUGCGGGCAUCGAGGUGCUGUUCCUCAUCUCCUACCCAAGUCAUGUACACGACUACCGCAAAAAGGUCCAACUACCCGUCGUCGACGCAGCCCGCCGCGCAGGCGUAAGACACCUCUUUUACAGCUCCCUAGCCUUCGGCGGCGACCUACAAGACGAGUCGGUAGCGGAGGUAAUGCAAGCCCACCUCUCCACGGAGCGCCACCUCGCCUCCGCCGCGGCCUCCGACCCGAGCUUCACAUACACCUCGAUCCGCGAGGGCCUCUACUCAGAAUCGUACCCAAUCUACACCUCCUUCUUCGACGUCAACUCUCCUUCCUCGUCAAACGAGAUCUUCGUCCCCCACGACGGCUCCGGCCCGGGCGUGGCGUGGGUGAAGCGCAGCGAGCUGGGGGAGGCGACGGCGAAACUUAUCGCGCAAUAUUCCUGGGACCCGGAUCAAUUCGCCCACGUGAAUAAGAAGGUGCUGCUGACGGGCGCACGGGUCUGGCCUCUUGAGGAGAUGGUCAGGGUUCUUGGGCGGGUUGCUGGGAGGGAGUUGAGGAUCCGCGAGGUGGGCGUGGAUGAGUACGUGAAGCUGCCGCAGGUUUUGGCGAGGUUCGGGUCGGCGGAGAAGGCGAGGACGUGGGCGACUGCGUGGGAGGCGAUCCGAGCGGGGGAGACUGCUGUUGUGUCGGAGACGUUGAGGGAGAUCAUUGGGCGGGAUCCGGAGGAGUUUGAUGUCACGAUACAAAAGUUGAAGCAAGCUUGAGGGCAGGGAGGAUCUGGUUUGGUGGCGUAGGUUCAACGAUGUGGGCGGGAGCGCGCAUGCGGACCGCUUGGUGAGCUUCAUGGGCGACAGCCAUUAGCGGGUAACUCCGUGACGUCGACUCUGAGAUUUAUUGAGGCCAUGGGUUCGAGGGGCUCCCGCUCAAAUCUUUGGACGAACAUUUUGGUGUGGAGCAUUGGCCGGCUCAACUGCAAUUUGGGUCGUCUUUUGACAGUAUGGGGGACAGAGAGCGGGAAAGCCUUGAAUUUUGUGAUGGAAGAGAGGAACAGACAAACGGCGCUGAAUUCUCCGGGAGAGGGUUGCCCGCGCGACUUCCUUCAUUCAUGCUGUUAGCUUUCCACAUCUUCAAAAACCGGGCGAUUGGUUUAGUGGUAUAAUGACCGCUUAGCAUGCGGUAGGUCCUGGGUUCGAUUCCCAGAUCGUCCA